AUGAGUUCAUCCCAGGAGGAGCAACACAAUCUAAACAGCAACUUAGGACCUGGAAAAGGCGCGACAGACUCCGGCAGGGACAGCCCGCUUUCAGUCUCUGAACUGCCCCCGUCGGGCGGACACACAGUAAAUGAGGUCAAUUCAAGUGGUGGAGGCCCCUCACAGGCGGCACCUGGGGGAAGCGGUGAGGCUCUCUCUGAGCGCACGCAGAGCCCCAGCGUUGGAUGGCCAAGAGGCCGCCCACGCAAUGCACUAUCUCGCGUCGGCUACAUUAAUGACGCGAAUGAGGCCUCCACAGUCAUGUCUGGUGAAAUGGAGGUUGAGCAGCUCAAACCCAGUUCUGCGGACCUUAUAGUGCGGCCGCCUUCCCCUUCAGCUGCCUCGAGUCCUUCGGUAUCCCCACGGGAUGUUAGCAGCAGCCGUGCGAUGUCUCGCCAACGCGUUCAGCACGUACACCUCGCAGUGCCAACUUCAGUGGGUCACAUCCGGCCAAGGGCGAAACCAGUAGACCCUCCUAGGGAGGCAGCAUCCUCUCCGUUGAGUGCAAGCUCGAGACCUGCAGCUCUAAGUCUCUGUGGAGGCCCAACAGGGCACGAUGUGUUUCGCCGGGAGCGGUCUUUGGUCAACAUGCAUGUACAGUCUGUGGAGGCCCAACAGGGCACAAAUCUUGUCUCGGAAGGGCCACCCAUCACAGAAGUUGUAGAACGAAGUGGUAGUCAUGAACUGAAAAACUCAGGGGACCAGCGUGCUCCUUCGCUUGCGCAAGGAGACACGAAAAGCUCUUCCAGUGGUUUUGAAACGUCGGCAGCCCCGAACAGUGAGGGAAUUCAUCGUAGAGAGAGAGAUCUAAAUGAAAGUGGAGCUACGGACACAAAUGAUGUGAAAACUGCAGGGCGUGAAGCUUCAGCGCGCCCCACUUCCUCGACGAGGGCUGCGGCCGUGCAGAAGGCCGUCGCCGAAGUUUUCGCCGCCCAAAAUGAGAGGAGAGCAGCUGCCCUGGCCUCAAGGAUAAGCUCUAGGACAAUAUCUCGGGCAGAAGGCUCAGCUGAGCUGAAAUGCUUUGAGCAGAGGUCAGAUGUCGCGCAGGCAGCUGCUGAGCAACUGCGAAGAAUUGAGGCCGCGAGGGCCGCUAGUGAAAUUCAGGGCCCUAAGUCGAAUACAGUGGAGCCAAGUGGAGGACCGCAGAGCUUGUCUAGAGAUGCUUACCAAGACGUGAAAAUUGGGGGCAGUCAGUCAGGUCACGAGGGAGCAAAGGAACGGGUAGAACAGAUUGGGAAACCGUCUGUUCAAACGCCGCCCACUGCUCCUCCGAAGGACGAUUCACCUGUUGCUCAUAAGGGCGAACAUGAGACCACGGAUCCCUCACUUUUGCAGCGCGCCCGCUUGCCACAGAACAUUUACGCAACGCAACACGAGCUGGCUGCGGCAGCUGAAAUGGACGAGCAGCGUCGACUUGCAGCGGUCGUGUCACGUGCCCGCUCACGAAUCGUAUCGAGAGCCGAUGGAUGCGCCGAUCGAAGCAAUCUUGCAGACCGCGCGGACGUCGCAAGAGCCGCAGCUGAGCAGCUGCGCAAGAUGGCACAAGCUUCAAGCAAACAGGUGGACUCAAGACUCAGAGUUUAG